AUGGCCAAAUCAUUAAGAUCCAAGAACGUGUUAAGGGCCAAAAGCAUAAAGAGAAACAAGGAGUUCAAGGACCUUGAUGAUAAGAGACGGGAGAGACUCGCCAACAAAAUGAAGGAAGAGUUGAACAAGCAAGACAAGACUGGUAGUAAGCUCGAAGAUAAUGAAGCGGUGAAUGCCGAUAAGAAGAUCUCAACCUCCGGGUGGAGAGACUCCAGGAAGCUGCAGUACAAGCAGAAAAAGAACAGUAAGAAAAAGACUGGCAAGGCAUUGAAAUUCUAA